AUGAGUUGUUCCGUGGGUGUUUGGCUCCAGCAUCUCGAGCCGAACCUCGUGCCAGAUCGCAUCUCCCGCGUCAGUUGGCACUUCAGCAGCAUGGGCAUGCUCUUCAGCAAGGUGUGGCAGCGGAUGUUGGGCUCCAAGGACAUGCGCAUCCUGAUGCUUGGCCUGGACGCAGCGGGCAAGACCACGAUCCUGUACAGGCUGAAACUCGCAGAAGUGGUAACGACCAUUCCGACGGUCGCCCAGUUGUGCAGUGGCACCUUUUGCUCUCUGAUCUUUUAUCAGCUGGAAGUGGAGUACAAGAACAUCAGAUUUACUGUCUGGGACGUGGGUGGCCAGGACAAGAUCAGGAAGCUGUGGCGGCACUACUUCCGGGGGACGGACGGGCUGAUCUACGUGGUGGACAGCUCGGACCGAGAACGCAUCCAGGACGCAAAGGAAGAGUUGCAGAAGAUGUUGGCAGAACAAGAGAUGGAGAAUGCGGCGCUGCUGGUGCUUGCCAACAAGCAAGACUUGCCGAAUGCCAUGCCAGCAGCGGAGGUGAUGGAAAAGCUGGAGUUGCAGAAGCUGCGGCACAGGCAGUGGUUCAUCCAGUCCACCUGUGCGCCAACAGGCGAUGGUCUCUACGAGGGCCUGGACUGGCUGUCCCGCACUUUGUCCUCCCGCAAGUGA